AUGUCAAAGUUACGUUAGUCUGGGAAUCUGUUCAAUGAUGGUAUUUUCAAUUGGGCUAUUGUUAUUAAGGCUACAACAACUGUCUUUCUCUCUAUCUUAACCUAAAUCUAAGGUUGUAUUACUCCAUUGUUUACAUAUAACGAUGUAAACAACACACAGCUUCAAAAUACAGUAUGUUUAAAACUAUCAUCUGAUGUCAUGGACUGUCAGCCCUUGGAUCUAGGCUGGAUUCUAGACAGAGCCCUGUCUAAGGCUGGGUUACAUUUCCCCUAUAGCCCCAGCUCUCAGCUGUAUACCAAAACAAGUGGCAAGGACCCCGUUUUUUUAUUAAUUUUUUAAUCUCUGAAUUAGCUUUUAAAAAAAUAGCUAAUGUUCUUCCUCUGUAGUUUAUAUUGAUGUUUAUUAGCUAAAUUGUUACUUUUUGCUCAAUUUCUGUCUUUCAACUUUUUCUCAUGCCAACAGUUUUCCACUGGGUGACCCCAAAAGACUAAAAGAGUGGGUGCAUCAAAUGAGAUGGAAAGCCUGGAAGCCAACCAGAAACUCCAAACUGUGUUUAGAGCAUUUCGAAGAGAAAUACCUGACAACAUCCAAAACUGGGCGUGGUGUUCGUUUACGUCCUGAUGCCAUUCCAUCUAUAUUUUCCUUUCCUAGUCAGUUCCAAAAAAAUGUAUUUUGUGAAUUGAUGCAG